CAAGUUACCAAACCCUUUAAAUAAAUGACCGUAUAUAUCCCACUACCUCAACCCAUGCCGAUGACCCCGAGUGGCCGAGCAUGCACCAAAGCAUAUAAAACACGCCCUUUCUAAUGGCAGUUGAAGCCCACCACCUUCAUUUCCUCCCUUCUCUAAUCCGCUCGAACAGGGAGAUUUGUCAUAGUGGAGAGAACGAACAACAAAUGGGAUUUGUUUUGCCGUCCUUCGAUUCUAGUUUCCUUCCCGUUUACAAUUAUACUGCGGUUCCGACGACUGCCGCGGAUAGUGGGCUCACCUUCAACAACGUCGUCGCCGGCGCUUCGCCGUCGAGGAAGCGCCACCGCCCGAUCUGCUUUCUCGGAGACGACGCCUACUCCGUCUCUUCCCAUCUGCAGCAGCAGAUACUCGAUAUUGACCGUCUCGUCGCGCAGCAUACGGAGAAGGUGACAGCAGAGGUGGCAGAGAAACGGCGGCGGCUGACGAGCCAACUGCUCGCCGUCUUGGAGGCAGGCGUGGCAAAGCGGCUCAAGUCCAAGGACGAGGAGAUCGCGCGCCUCGUGAAGCUGAAUUGGGCGCUGGAGGAGCGCGUGAAGAGCCUGUGCGUGGAGAACCAGAUGUGGCGAGGCGUGGCGCAGAGCAACGAGGCGACGUCCAACGAGCUGCGGAGCAACCUCGCGCAGGUAUUGGCCGCCCAGGCGAGGGCAGAGCUGGACGCGGCGGCGACUGCCGACGACGCUGAGUCCUGCUGCCCCGGCGACGAGAACGAUAAUGCUGCAGGACAAGGGGAAGAGCAGAAGGCCGUCGCCGUGGACUCCUGCCGGCGCUGCCGCGCCCGACAGCCAUCGGUGCUGUUGCUUCCGUGCCGGCACUUGUCCCUCUGCGAGGUGUGCGCUCCGGCGGCGAACGCGUGCCCCAUCUGCAAUUUCGCCAAGAAUGGCAGCGUCAAUGUAAAUCUGUAUUAAC